CCCACUCACGCGUGCACUAGAAUCUUGCGGGGCCGGGGGGAGUGACCCAAUGGCCUCAGUCGUUGUGUGGUAUAAGAAGGAACGAAGCCGAGACGGGCAUCAGUGGCGGUAAGGUGGUGGAGGAGUUUUCACAAAAAACUUCCCCUCCAUUUAGUUCCUGCGAGAAUGGGAAGCCUCCCUCCCCUGGAGCAAGAGAAGCAAGCCGGCUUGAAGAGCUUGGAGUUUCUCAGCAGCAACGACAAGCAGAGUGCUUACUCCGCAGCAGAGUUGGAGGCCGGGCACUGCGCGGAGGGAGGCUGUCCAUGCGACACCAAAGCUGCUGCUCACUCGGCUGGCCAGUCAAGUUUCUUCCAGGCCGUUGUCAAUUCUUUCGUGCUGCUGAUCGGCCUGGGAACUCUCUCCUCUGCCUAUGCGAUCGAGAAGGCCGGAUUCUUUGGUUUGCUGGUGCUAUGCAUCACCGCAUCGUUCUACUGGAUCGGCUCCAAGCUGAUAGUCAUUUGCAUGAAGCGGACAAGACCUUUCCUCGCUGGGGUCGGCUGCUCAUAA